CCUCCUCACUCCAGACACUGCCCCGUGUGCGCUCAGGCCCCCGCCCGCGCCCGCGAUCGCUGGGUCAUGGGCGCCGCCGGCUCCUCGGCUCUGGCCCGCUUGGGCCUCCCCGCGCCGCCCGGGCCCCGCUGGCUGGGGGUGGCCGCCCUGGGACUGGCCGCAGUGGCGCUGGGGGCCGUCGCUUGGCGCCGCCCGCGGCCCGGUCGGCGCCGGCGGCUGCAGCAGGUGGGCACGGUGAGCGAGCUGUGGAUCUACCCGAUCAAGUCCUGCAAAGGGGUGUCGGUGGACGCGGCCGAGUGCACGGCCCUGGGGCUGCGCAGCGGCCACCUGCGGGACAGGUUUUGGCUGGUGAUAAAGGAAGAUGGACACAUGGUGACUGGCCGGCAGGAACCUCAGCUUGUGCUGGUCUCCAUCAUCUAUGAGGACGAUUGCCUGAUCCUCAGGGCUCCAGGCAUGGACCAGCUGGUUUUGCCGACCAAACUGCAUUCUUCAAACAAGCUCCAUGACUGCAGGGUGUUUGGUCUUGACAUCCAGGGCAGGGACUGUGGCGACGAGGCUGCUCAGUGGUUCACCAGCUUCUUGAAAACGGACGCUUUCAGGCUGGUUCAGUUUGAAAAGAACAUGAAGGCAAGAGCGUCAAAUGAAAUUUUCCCUUCUUUGGACAAGAAUUACCAGGUGGCCUACCCGGACUGCAGCCCCGUCAUGAUCCUGUCGGAAGCCUCCCUGGCCGAUCUGAAUACCAGGAUGGAGAAGAAAGUGAAAAUAAACAAUUUCAGGCCAAAUAUCGUGGUGACAGGCUGCAGUGCUUUUGAGGAGGACACUUGGGAUGAACUUCUCAUUGGCAAUGUAGAAAUGAAAAAGAUUUUGGCUUGCCCCAGGUGCAUUAUGACCACGGUGGACCCAGAUACUGGAGUGAUUGACAGGAAGGAGCCACUCGAAACCCUGAAGAGUUACCGCCUGUGUGAUCCUUCUGAGAAGUCAAUUUACAAGUCGUCCCCACUGUUUGGAAUCUAUUACUCGGUGGAAAAAAUUGGAAGCCUGAAAGUUGGUGACCCCGUGUACCAGAUGGUGCAGUGACAGAACCACCAGAUUUCAGCAUCUGAGAGGGAUUGAUCAGCACUUUUUUGACCGCAGCAGCACCACUAUCUGGGCAAAUCCUUAUUACCCAGCCGGUCAUUUCAUCCUGGAAAUGAACCUCUUUUUGGAGUUACGAAUGUUCUGAGUUAAUACAAGGAAAGUAUUAAAGGUGAUUUGGGAAUGAGAACUCAUACAGAUUUUAGGUAAUGAAGACUUUUAAAAUAAAUACAAUUGUCCAUAAAAUUAUUUGGGAUGUGAUGGUAGUAGCUAUUACACCUCUUCAGUCUCUGCCGUUAAUACUGAUGAGUAAAGAAAGUUGAAAGAAUCAACAGAAAAGCUACAAUUUUCUUCUGAAUGUUUAUUUUUUAUUAUGUAUUGUUGUAUAUUUUAGGAAAAAUGGGAAACAAAAGAUCUCCAGAGUGCCAUAACACAUUAACACACAAAUCCAUCUUAUUGGGUUUUACAAUGCCAUUGAGUCCUGUUGAGUUUUGCUCAUGUGGCUUUGUCCUCACCAUUAUGGAAUUGCGUUGUAUUUGAAAUGGAAAUUAUUCUGCAGACUUUGUUUCUUUUUUGAUUAUGCCUCUUUUAAGCCAUGUAAAAGUAAUUGUAACUGACAGGGACAAACAUUACAAAUUCCAAGUAUGAUAAAGAAGAGAAUGGGAUUUGAAAGCAAAAGGAAUUUUGAGAAUAACAAUAGGAGGAAGGAAUCAUGAACCUGUGUGUUUUUUUUUUUUUUAGAUGCAAGUAAUUUUUUAACUAUUCUGGUAAAACCGAACAAGAAUUCGCACUGAUGUAACAUGUGAAUGAAUGAACUCACCUAUAAUUUUGUGGUUUCUUGAAUAUCAUUGAAUAUAUUGAAUAAAUGUGAUUCUCAAUUGUA